AUUAUAAUUAUACUUGAGGUAAUGUAUAAGUUUUUGCCAAAAACUUUCGUAGUGCAUUUAUGAAUGGGAAUAUCAGGACAUUUAAUCAUAAAAAUUAUGACAGAAGUGUGUUCAGGUAUAAAAACAAAAUGUUAUGUUCUAUUUUUUCAGAGUGAGGUAAAAGUGUAUGAUGACAUUGACACCACAGAUGGCAGUCCUUGUGAGGUCAAGAUACCAAAAGAGGAGGAAGAGGAGAGUAUGUAUGAAAUUCCACAAAUCCAGAGAACUCUCAGUGACUCAGGGUAUGAGAAAGCAUUGGAGUUGUCUCCCAUGUCAAAAUCGACUAGCUCGGAGGAACAACUGUCUGGACAGUCUGGCCCUCCAAUGCCUCCACCAUUACCGCCGCGUGGAGAGAGGACAGCUUCAGAUGCUGCGAGCCGAAGUUCUAUCGGCAGUCUGUUGGAGGAGAGAAUGUCAGACACGCCGGUAUACAGGGCCAAGCUAAAUCGAGAAUCAUCUGUGCCGGCACGACUUGAAAAAUCUGCGGAUGCUCGAAGUGAAAAGUCCAACGAUGAUUUGUUUGAUGAAGAGUAUGAUGGGGCUUCUUGUGAUUCCCUAGAUGAAGUUGGUACCCUUACACGAGGCCAGGACCCAGAUCUACGUGUACAACUUCCCAGACAGGUGAAAAGGAAACAUAGAUCACACCACAGAAAGUUGGGAAAGUCCCUUUCAUCGCUAUGGGAGGUUACUCAGCCAUUCAGUAUGCUGGAAGAUGUUGUAAUAUCGGGAGAACUUCAUUAUCGUAGUAAACUUACAUGGACUCGUAAAAUUGUAGCGCUGACCAAUGGUAGACUUGUAUGUUACAAAGUCGACAAGACAGAUUCGCGACCGGCUUUUGUUAUAUUGUUGACCGGAUAUGAGGCUACAUUCCAUAAAAGAGAAGGAAGGCGGAGUUUCGAGAUUCACUUGGACCAUGAUAAUUUUGAAUCCUAUGUGUUUCUUGUGGAUUUUAAAGAAUGGGCGGUAAUCUGGUGUGAGCAUAUCAAUGCAGCAGCAAAAGGUCAGAGGGCAGCAGGUCCAGUGGUACACCUAGCCCGCAGUUCUAUGAUAGCAAACCAAGAUGGAACAUAUCGUAUGGGAAAUAGCACUGUACAGCUUUCCAACUCUAAUGCUUCACUGGCAAGCUCUGACGGUUUUGAAGCUGAACCAGGGACUGUUAAAGUCAAAAAAAGGGACCAGUCAGGGUUGAAGACAGCCAAGAUGGGAACAUUCGCUUUUAAGGCCACCCAGUUCUUUGAAUCUCUUGGAAGGAAAUCAUCUGUCAGGAAAACUACAAGUACUAGCUCAGAAAGAUCACCGUCAGUUGAGAGAGUGCGGCAUUCGUCCGGAUCUCAGUCCUCCCUCUGUGAAAUGUCAGAGAAAUUGAGCCCCGUCACCCCAGACUCACACAUAGAAGAGUCUCCGCUUGAGCCACCCAUUGAGAUGAAGAAACAUAUAAAGCAUCAAGGUUAUGUAGAUAUCUACAGUAGUUUUAACAAGCGAAAAUGGGGAAAACGGUGGUGUCUGGUUCACGAGAACAAUUUUGAAUGUUACCGCACACAGACCAGUGAUGUAUGUGAAUUAGAAUUUCUCCUCAGGAACUGCAUUUUGAGACGAGCUAUUGAAGAAACAAAAAGUGAACUUGGUCUCAUGUUGUUAGAAAAUGACAGGGAAAAGAUUACAAUAGAGCCUAUUAACUGGACAGAACUUGGUUCCUGGCUUCGGAUAUUGAUGCAGGAAACCAGUACACCAGCUACGCCUGAAGGUUUAGAAGGUUACAUGGAUGACACACACCCAUAUCAUGAAGCUGUUGAGAUAACUAGGGUUCCAGAUCCUGUAAAUAGACUGUCAACAUUGUCUGUACAAUCCAGAGGAAAAUCCCUGAAGUCUCCAUCUGAGGAACAGGCAAAAUUUGGUAUUCAUGACAAUCGAGACAGUGGAAUAUGUUCUUCAGAAUCCACUGAUGACAGAUUUAACUCACUUGAGAGAAAUUUAAACUCUCCUACAGUACAUCCUUGUUUUACAGAUUCAAGUCUUCCUAGAGUUAGUGUUAGUGACACUGGUGCUAUAUACACUCAAGUGAGAAAACCAAGUUUGACUGGGUCCACAUUGUCCUCAACAACAGAAAGUAGAAAAACUGGAAACAAGUCUAAAGGAAGUUUAGCAAAUUUUGAAUCAGAUGAUUUUACUGACAGUGAUAAAGUUAAAGCUAGCAGAAAUAGUGAUGAUGAUACACUAUUCUUUGAUUUUGAAAUUGAAACGUUUGAUAAUCCAUCCAAUAAAAGAGAAAGUAGUUUAGUUGAUGAAAUAAUGUCAGAAUUAAGAAUACAGCAGAACAACAAUAAUCAUACAGCUGGAGAGGAAAUAGAUGAAUUUUCUGAAAAUGCUGAUACACAGCCAGAUUCUGCUAAUACAAUCAAAAGGAAGUCGGUUGAAUUCAGUCCAACUGUAAAUGAAUUAAGUCCAAUAAAAUCAUCAGAUGUAACACUAACUGUAAAUAAUUCAGAUUUCCUUUGCUCAAGUUUUGUUGAAAACGUUAAGCAAGAGACUGAUGAUGCAAAUGAAAUUACCUGUGAUAAUGGAAUGGAUUCUGUUAAAGCUAAAACAUAUGUUAAGGUGUCUUCAGAUGAUGAAAAAAUUCCAGUGGCAGUAAGGAGACAUCCAUCAAAUGUUUCAGCUAAAUUUGUUGUAAAUGUUACUGAAACGCUUGCAGAGUUAAGGACAAGACUGGUGCAGCUAAAAAAAGACAGAAUCAGUAUCAGGGACAGGAAACAACAGAUUUCAUCAGAAAGAGACAGAGAAUUCCUAGAAGCUGAAUAUGAAAGAUUAAACAGGGAAUGCAAGAAAGUGUCAGAUGAAAUUAAACAAUUGGAACAAUCAGCUGGAAUGGGUUUUGAAAACACAGAUACAAGUGAGCAUAAAUUUUAUUCAGUUCCUGAACUUCAUCAUGAAAAUGAUAAAACUAAAGAACAUAGCUCCGGUGACAAUGUAGAAGAAUUGCACGAUAGUACUUCAGACAGGAAAGAAAGAAAUGAUGCUUCUGAAGAAAUAACAAAAAAGGGGGAAGACAUUGGAGAAUCAGUGUGUACAAAUGAUGAAAAGACUGGAAAUAGCGCAACUGGUAAUUCCUGUGAUGAUGAACCAGCAACAGUUGAAAAUGUUACUACAGAAGAAGAAACAGAUGUACAAAUUGAUGAUCAAGAUAAUAAUGACAUUCCUGAUACUCAACAGUCCACCAGUGAUGAAAGCAGCAAUGGCAUAUUGACUGAAAAUGAGUGCAAAAGUGAAGCAGAAAUUGUCUGUGAUAAUCCUAGUGUGCCAAAAUUAAAUAAUACUCUCAAGGAAUGUAAAGAAUUGAUAAAAGUAAGUGAGGGAGGAAAGAACUCUGAAUCAAAUUCAGAGAGAAAUACCACAGCUAAUAAUGACUUAGAUACACUUUUUGAGGAUUUUGCACAUAAACUGACGUUAAAAGAAAGUUAAUUUCAUUUAAAAUUAGUUUCAUUAUGUUUUGGCCAAAUGAAAUAUUGCACAGUCUUAUGUGUUAAAUUUCUAGCACUUUUCUUUUAAGUCUACAAAUAGGUCGGACAAGAAUAUAGAGUACUAAUUCCCUCCUUCAGAAUUCGAAAUGACCUCAUGCGCAUAUUUCAUCAGCAACAUUAAUUUCUUCAUAUAUCACAUAACAAUAAUAGUCAUUUUGCUGUUGAUAUAAAACCUUGUCAAGUAGAUGCAUAUGGGUUUUGCAUAUGAGCACAGUCAUAUUAAUCAACUUUGAUGUAGCUUAGUCUAAUGCAUGAGUUUCGGCAACUGGAAAAGUAUUUGUAUUUUCAAACAUGUUCUUUGGAAGUUUGACAAAGAACAAUUGUUAUUUGUCCAUAAUAACUGAAAGGGUUCCAUUAAUAAGUUAGAACACUGACAUAUGAUGUUAUGUUUAUGUAAAGUACAAUAAACACAUGAGUUUAUACUGAAUUUAUUAAACAAGUUGAAUAAGAUGAUAAGAUGCGAGGUUCUGCAGAGCAUUUUAUCAAUUUUAUUCAGCAACGUAAUAAAUUCAUCGCGGAAAGGCACAGUUGUAAUAUUCUUUUGAGGCGUAAAAAAAAAUGUUUGUUUCAGGAUUUCCGACCUACCCUAAAUUUUUGGCCCAACCCUAAAUGUUUUUAUGGCCUUGGAGAAUAUGUUUUUUCAACUUUUUAACAAAAAGUUGCAAAACUGCACUUUUUAUGCUUUAAACAUGGUCAGUGAUAUCAGAAAUCAACUUACUGAUGCUCUAAAGGCAUUACCCUCUUAUGUGCAUUCAUUUUUUGGCACAAAAAUAAUUUCCAAAAAGUCUCCCUUAAUAAAAAAAAAAUCCAAAAAAAAAAAAAAAUUCCAACCUACCUACCCUAAUUUUUUAUGCCCCCGAAAGGAAGCAUAUAGUUUUUGAACCAUCUCAGUCUGUCGGUCUGUCCGCAAUUUUCGUGUCCGGUCCAUAUCUUUGUCAUCGAUGGAUGGAUUUUCAAAUAACUUGGCAUGAAUGUGUACCACAGUAAGACGACGUGUCGCGCGCAAGACCCAGGUCCGUAGCUCAAAGGUCAAGGUCACACUUAGACAUUAAUGGUCAUUUUUCAUGAUAGUGCAUUCCUGUCCGGUCCAUAUCUUUGUCAUCCAUGGAUGGAUUUUCAAAUAACUUGGCAUGAAUGUGUACCACAGUAAGACGACGUGUCGCGCGCAAGACCCAGGUCCGUAGCUCAAAGGUCAAGGUCACACUUAGAUGUUAAAGGUCAUUUUUCAUGAUAGUGCAUUCGUGUCCGGUCCAUAUCUUUGUCAUCCAUGGAUGGAUUUUCAAAUAACUUGGCAUAAAUGUGUACCACAGUAAGACGACGUGUUGCGCGCAAGACCCAGGUCCGUAGCUCAAAGGUCAAGGUCACACUUAGACCUUAAAGGUCAUAUUUCAUGAUAGUGCAUUGAUGGGCGUGUCCGGUCCAUAUCUUUGUCAUUCAUGCAUGGAUUUUAAAAUUAUUGGGCAUGAAUGUGUACCACAGUAAGACGACGUCUCGCGCGCAAGAUCCAGGUCCGUAGGUUAAAGGUCCUAAACGCUAACAUCGGCCAUUACUAUUCAUUCAAAGUGCCAUCGGGGGCAUGUGUCAUCCUAUGGAGAAAGCUCUUGUUUGGGCAUGUUACCGGAAACAAAGAUAUUUUUUUAGGCCUUAUCACAUGAAAGGUUUUCCUGCAGAAACACCACUAUUCCUUGUUUCUUUAUCUGUUAUACACAAAGUCAAUUCGACCAGUGUGUCCUACACUAAAAACAAUGUCAAAGCUUUAUUACACUAGUCUAGUGUAAUACCUAAAUAUUAAAUGGAUUUGUUUCAUUUACAUGUUGUCAAACAUGUGAGACACUUUAUCUGAUUUUAAACUGAAACAAGGUACAUAAUAAUUAAUUAAUUAAUAAGUUCUUUUUGGUAAAUGAACAAAUAGUCAGUGCGCUUUGACGAAAAUAGCCCUGAUUGAGAUCCAAACUUUACAGUUGCUAUAAUUGCAAUGAUUUCAUUUUAUUAAUAAAUGACCUGGUUAAAUGCAUCCAUACACUUGAAUGUACACUACUGGAGAUUUAACAAUUUUGUAAACAAUAAAACAACUAUGACUUGAGCCAUGACAGUGGAUUCUCAUUUACAGAUCACUAUAACUCUAAAUCUUUUAUUGGUGUAUUGAAACAUGUAUAAUUACAAUUAUUGUGCUGUAAUAGAAGUUUGAAACCAAAUUUUUACACAUAUUAGAGUCAGCUGUUAAUAUUUGCAUUAUUUAUCAGUGAGAAUUUAAGGAGUAUUGUUGAUUAAGCCAUUUUUAUAUGCCCGUCUCUUAAAGAGCGUGGCGUAUUAUGUGAAACCCUGUUGCAUGCGGCGUCCAAAAGCAUGUCCGCUCUCUAAGUCAGACAGUUUUCAUCUGAUCUUCACCAAACUUAUUGAUAAUAUUUGUCGGCAUAAUAUCUCGGCCAAAUUCGAUAACCAGCAAAAUUGCACUAGGCACUCUUGAUUUAUUGCCCUUGAAUUACUCGAAAUCUGCAAAUUUAGCCUUGUCCGUCCUAAGUCAAAUAGCUUUCAUCCGAUCUUCACCAAAUUUGGUGACACUGUUUGUGGGCAUAAUAUGUCGGCCAAGUUUGAUUACCAACAAAAUCGCCUUAGGCACUCUCGGAUUAUUGCCCUUGAAUUACCAGAAAAAACUGCCUGCAAAUUAAGCCUUGUCCGCUCUCUAAGUCAAACAGUUUUCAUAAUGAUCUUCACCAAACUUGCAGAUAAUGUUUGUAGGCAUAAUAUCUCAGCCAUAUUCAAUAACCAGCCAAAUCGCCCAAGGCACGCUUAGAUUAUGGCCCUUGAAUUACUCCAAAUCUGCUAAUUUAGCCUUGUUUACUCUCAAUGUCGAACAGUUUUCAUCCGAUCUUCACUAAACUUGCUGACAAUGUUUGUGGGCAUAAUAUCUCGGCCAAGUUCGAUAACCAGCCAACUCGCCCUAGGCACUCUUGGAUUAUGGCCCUUAAAUGAGGCCAAGUUCGAUGAUGGGCAUACUUUGUGACAGUCUGCCACUCUUGUUCCUAAAUGUUAUUAAGUUUUUAAAAGUUCAGAAAAAAACUGGACAAGGUAUUUUCACUCUGUUCCGUUUUGUGCUACAUGUUUUUUUAUGCCCCAAGUGGCAAAAUACAUGGGAAUCAUGUAGUGUUUGAACUGCCUGUCUGCCCAUCUGUCACACUAUACAUGUAUUGUGAAGUCGGUUCCACCUUCUGUUUUAUCCAAUUCCAACAAAUCAUAGUGUACAACUUCAUUAGAUCACUAGAUUCUUAACCUUGUGUUAUCAUCCUACUGUUCUUAUUCAAUUUAACUUCAUAUACAUCAUUACCAUGAAGUGGACAUGCACAUUUUAUCAUUAGUUUUAUGUCCAAUAAGUUAACUAUAUCUGUACCAUCCAUUCGCAACUCAUCCAAUUGUUUCCAUCCAGUCCAAAUGAAAUUUUGUAUAGAUCAUCACAAAAUCCUGAAGUUGCCAUGCAAGUAUUUUUAAAACUUUAAUGUCUGAUCAUUAUGUUCUGAGUUGUGCUUCUUUCCGUAGCUUAACAAUAUUACAGCUACAUCUGUACCUUGUGUACUAAACUCAUCAGGUCCAAUUCAAAUGAGUCUUGACAUACAAAAUUAAUAUGAAGGUGACACGUGCAUAUUGCUAGGAAUGUUAUCUAUUUGAUUAUUACGUUUUAGCUCGACUAUUCAAAGAAUAGAUAGAGGUAUUGAGUUUUGUUUUUAUAUGUAAGCUGUUAUCUCAGUAACCACUUGAGGGAAUAGAAUGAAACUUCACUCACCUAUUGACUGUGAUACACUGACUUACAUUGCAUAAGUUCCAUAUCUUUAUUUUGCAUUUUUACAAAAUUAUGCCCCUUUUUUGACUACUAAUGGGAAUGAAUUGAAACUUCACAUAAUUGUCCAUUGUAAUAAGCUGAUAUGCAUUGUACAGGUUUCAUUACCCUGUUUUGCUAUUUUACAAAAUUAUGCCCACUUUUCGACUUUAAUAUUCAUUCAAUUGACAAGACUGUUAAAUAGUCGGGCGUUGCUGUCCUCAGACAGCUCUUGUUCAGUUACGUCCCCUCUUUUGAAUUGACAAUGAUACAUUGCAUAAAUACCCUUUUGUCUUACCUCCUACAGUCUUUAUCUUAACGAAACCUGGUAUAUGUCAAGAGCAUGAAGUGUUUUGCACAUGCAUAUUCUUGGGACAUGUCCAAUAACCCUUGCAGAAAUAUUUUCCUGUUCUCGGGAAAUCCCAGGACAUUCCUGGGAUUUUCAGGAUAACAGGAAAGCAUAGGUUACUUGGAGUUAUGGUGUCUUGUCUUUUUCCUGUUCAUAGGAAAAUCCUGGGAUUGUCCCAUUCCCAUUUAAUGGCACGAAAAGUCCCAGGACUUUUCCAGGAAUUCCCUAGGUAUUUUCAGGACAAUAUUCCUGGGACUUCAUGGUAUAAUCCCAUGAUUUCCUGUUCCUUUUUCGCACGGGAAUGUUUUCUUGAGCUAUGCUCCUUUCUAGACAGGAUGUUUAUGGGAACAGUUGUUGCGGGCUUGCAAGCUGCAUCUGCUAAAGUUGUUUGCUUUCAAGCAGUUCUUAUCAAAUGUUCACCCUCCUUGGUCACAAUGUUUGUUGGCAUAAUUUCUUGUCCAAGUUUGAUAUCCAUCAGGAUUAUCCCAAUGACUCUGGAAUUUAUGGUCCUUGAGGUACUCAAAUUUUCAAACAGGCAGUGUCUGCAUUCUAACCCAAGUAUUUCCUAUAAAUUGUGUUCACCAUUCUUGGUCAAAAUGUUUACGCCCAAGCUCAAAAACCAGCUAACCUUUGCUGGAUCCUCCAAGUGUUUCUAGAGCUAUGGUCCUGGAAUUACUCAAAAUUAUGAAAUUUGUCAGUGUAUGCUCUCUAACUUUUGCAGUUCUUGUCCAAUGUUCACCAUGCUAGGUUAUAUUACUACUGGGGAUAAUAUUUCAAACAUGUACGAUAAUCAGCUAGAUAUUCAGUCACUCUUGAGUUAUGACCCUUGAAUUGCUUAAAACUGAGAACAUUGACAGUGUUCACUAAAUAACAUAACCAGCUUUUAUCCAAUGUUCACUAUUGGUCAGAAUAUUUAUUCACAUAUUGCCAUCGCCAAGUUCCAUAUCUAGCUAGAUAGUCUUGUCAUCUUGAGUUACGGUACUCGAGUUAGUUGAAAUUGAGAAAAUUUACAACUUGUCUGCUCAGAAAGUAGAUAAUUAUAUAAGGCAAAAUCAAUAUGUUGCAAUGGGUGAUUUUUUUGGCAGUUUGGCACUCUUGUUUGAAUUUAACAAUCUGUCCCUCGUAUACUUAAGUUUCCUACAUUUUCCAUCCACUUCAAAUGGAACUAUUACGGUAUCAAUAAUAAUAUAUGCACACAAUGUCUGGAUUUUAAUUUUUUAUUUUUAGUGAUGGCUUAUUACUUACUGAACAACUUAACAACUUCAUCUAUAACUUGUGUAGAAUUACACAACUCCUACAACUUUCAUUAAGCUUUAAUGGAACCUGGUAAACAACAUCAACGUGAAGUGGACAAGAAUUUCAUAUUUUUCUUUUUAAGAUAUCCGCCCCAAUUUUGACUUCAUAUUUUGUUGUAUGUAUAACAAUCAUUUUCAGGGAGUGUGUGUCCUACAGUUUUGACAUCAUUUUUGUUAUUGUUAUGUUUUACCACACUAUUUUAUAUGUACCAUGCUUUUAUUGAUUAUAUGCUAUACAAUUUUAGAAGACAUUCUUUAUAUCCUGCAAUAAAUUUAUGACAAUGUGA